AUGAACGUUGAAGGUCCAACGGCUAUAUCAGAGCCCUCCAUCAGUUGCUUGACAAGUGGCCUUCAACCAUUGGUUGAAUUCCUGCCAUUUGAAUAUCGCGGGCGCGACGUAGGGUAUCACGGGCGCGACAGGGUGCUUUUCAGCACAAACUUGAGUUUUCUUCUAGAAGAUUCAAGGCAUAUGGUUCUUGAUGGUUAUGUGGCUCCUACUCAAGAGUUGAAUGGUGCUAUUAUACCUUGGCCAAGAAAAGAUUGGACCAAGGAUCAAGUUCUAGCUAAUGCUCUCAACCGGAAGGCUAUUUGUGUGAUCAUUUCAUCUUUGUGUAGAGAAGAGCAAGGAAGGGUUCAACAUUGCACAACGGCUCAUGAUAUGUGGAAGAUUCUUGAGAACUACCAUGAAGGAACGGUUCAAGUAAAGAACAAGAAGGUUGAGCUUCUCAUUGGAGAAUAUGAAGGGUUCAAGAACAAGCCAAAUGAGACCGUCACCGAGACUACCAAUAGACUUUUUGGCAUUACCACCAAUCUCAAGAAGCUUGGUAAGCACUAUACUCUUGGUGAAAUCAAUGGCAAAAUUCUUCGUUCAUUGCCUCUCCUUGAUUGGCAACCGAAGAUAACCGCCAUUGAGGAAUCACAUGACAUAAGGAAUUUGAGAACCGAUGAGCUUAUCGGAAACCUACUUCUUCAUGAGAUGACCUACAUGAAGGAAAUUUAA